UCAAACCAGGGCCAUGCUUGGCCAAUGGAGGAUGAAGAGGGCUACACGGUAUUAAACCUCCGUCCGAAGCAGAGACAACCAGGCCGCCCUCCGGGAGCUGGGCCCCAAGUUUCCCAGAUGCACAUCUUGUGUGAAGGACAGACCAGAGGAGCUACAAACGCAUCAGAGAAUGAUGGUGCCAGAAUCGUCAGUAGCACUGAAUGCAGCUCCUGCCUGGAGGAUUUCCGGUCUCGCUUGAAAUCAAUUCUGUGUGAUCCCCACAAUGGCAGCUUGGCAGGGGGCUCCGGGUGCAAACUCUGCCCCAGGGACUGGCUGCUGCAUGGGGACAAGUGCUACUGGCUGUCUAAAGAGAGUAAAGACUGGACUGGGAGCCGUGACGACUGCUCGGGGAAGAGCUCUCGCAUGCUCGUGAUCCAGAACCGGGAGGAGAUGGAUUUCAUACAGGAUGUUACACAAGGUUCAAGCUACGUCUGGAUUGGACUUACGGUGACACCCGCAGGGGGGAAAUGGACCUGGGUGGACGGUUCCCCGUUAGAUCCAAUGCUCUCCCAAGUCUCAGGCUCUGCUGAAGGGAACAGCUGUGGCUGGAUAAGAGGCAGCCAGAUUCAGUCUGAGACAUGUGGUGCUGAGUUCAAAUGGAUCUGCCAGAAAGAAGCUGCCGUGAUAUAA